AUGGAAGUCGCACACGGUACAGUGGGUGCACCUUCCCUUCGACCUGAACAUGGCAUCAAGUUCAUUUUCCCUCCAACAACACCCUCUCAAAGCAAACUCUCAAAGCAAACCAGAAAAAUGGAAGCGCAACAAGAGCUUAAUGAUAUACUCAACUUUGAACAACUCGACCUCAUCCUCUCUUUCCUCUCUGACCCAGCGGGCGCAAAGGUCCUUCGUGAUCAAUUUGUGUCUGCCUGUCGUAUAGUGAAGGAAAAGCAAGAUGAGGCCGAAGCACUCCAUCGAAGUACCCAGAGCCAGUCGAAUCUUCUUGAAGCCAAGCUUAAGGAGUUUGAGACUGAGCGGGAAGCCUUCCAAGAGCAGAAGAACUUGGAGAUUGCGAAGCUCAAGACUGAGCAAGCCAAUCUCGAGAGCCUUGCUCAAAGCCUUGGUGAAAAGUUCCAUGACCUGACCGAACGUAUUAGCGAAGUGUCGGGAAGUGUGAACAAUUGCAAGAAGACCGUGGGAGAAAAGCUUCAAGGCUUUGAGGAUGUCAUCUCUGCUCGUGCUUCGGACCGAGAAGAGAACGUCAACCAAAGCUUGAAAGAUUUGUUUGCCUCGGUCCAACACAACACAGAUGACGUGUCCACAAUGAAGGAUAAGUCGGGUGAGAUGGCGACCGCCAUGGACUCUGUAAAAGAACACCAUGAGCGGAUCGAAACUUCCCUCAAAGCUGGUGUGACAAAGGAAAGCAUCGAGGACCAGAUUGGUCC